AUGGUGGCAAAAUGGUUGGUCAUUGUAGCUUGCAUCUUUUCUGUCAUUACACUAUGCUUUGCAGCCCAAGUGAUAUCACUUGACGAGAAGGUGAAAGCCCUACAAGAUCUUCUUUUUCGUCAGCCUGCUGUAAGAAUGAACAUGGAUCGCUGGAGAACUUAUGUUCGACAGCAGCCUCGUAACUACAGCAUGUUUGUGAUGUUCACCGCUUUGUCCCCAGGUAUCAAUUGUCCGAUCUGCAGGCCAGCUUAUGAGGAGUUUAUGAUCAUGGCAAAUUCUUAUCGCUAUGCCCAUUCCGAACUGAAACAAGUGUACUUUGGAGUGGUUGAUUAUGAAGAAGCACCUCAAAUCUUUCAGUCGAUGAACCUUAACACUGCACCAAUACUCUACCAUUUUGGACCAAAACUCAUGGGGAAAAAGAAGCCAGACCAGAUGGACUUUCAACGUCAUGGAUUCGAUGCGGAUGCAAUGGCACGGUUUGUUGUAGAACACACGGACGUACAUAUACGCAUCUUACGCCCUCCAAAUUAUGCGGCGCCAGUCGUCAUAGUGCUACUAUUAGCCCUAGUGCUUGGAUUACUUUAUCUGAAAAGGAACAACCUGGAAUUUCUGUAUAACCGUACAAGCUGGGGACUCAUAUGCUUGUGUAUCACCUUCGUUUUUCUCUCGGGUCAAAUGUGGAAUCACAUUCGGGGUCCUCCCUUCAUAAUGAACAAUCCGCAGACUCGUGAAGCUAGUUUUAUUCAUGGUUCUGCUCAAUAUCAGCUCGUUGCUGAAACAUAUAUAAUUGGAACACUUUACGCUGCAAUCACAUUUGGAUUUAUCUUGUUGAACGAAGCAGCGAGCCCUAGUUCUGAGACCAUUGAAAGGAAGAAAUCGUCCUCUACGAAACCAUUCUUCGGUAUUAAUAACAAUAUGUUGGCAUAUAUUGGUCUCGGUUUUGUGGUUGUCUUCUUUUCGUUGAUGUUGUCAAUCUUCCGUACCAAGUACCGUGGAUAUCCGUAUAGCUUCCUAUUCAGUUAA